AUGGCCCCUACAGCGCCCUCCAAGCGUCGCUCCCUUCGUACCAAAAUCGCAGCCAAAUCAGAUGCGACGCAGCCUUCCGCGCCCCGGACGGCCCUCCGCCCGGGGGCCGUCGAGACCUCGGAUGCCUUUGCCAACUCUAAGAAGGACAAGCGAUUGAUGAAGCAUUCGUCAUUCGUGUCGCGCAUUGAGAAGACCAACAAAAAGCCCCUGAAGCGGCGCCGCCCUGGCAAGAAGCUGGUCACCGACCUCGACUCCCUCAAGAAAGCCUUGCCAGACCUCCUGGAUAGCGGCGAGACGGAGGAAGGCCUGCAGCAGCUGAAGGAGGGCAAGAUGCGGCUCAAGAGCCUGAAGAGCCGGAAGGGGGCCCUCAAGAAGAAGGAGAAGAUCGUCAAGGGUGAGGUCGAGCGCUUCCAGGGCAACCUGGCCAGGCUGAACGCUGUGGGUGCCAUGUCGCAGGACUCAACACAGGGCAUGAACACCGAGUCGCAAGGGGCGACGGGGGAUGCUCUACCACCAAACGCCACAUCCAGUCGGUGGGCUGCCUUGCGAGGUUUCAUCUCGGCCACCAUGGAGCAGAAUCCUGCCUUCGUCGGGAAGAAGGACGAUGGGAAGUGA